AUGUCAAUAUCAGAUAAUAUUAAAAAGUUUGCUGGCACAACAAAAGAGGCACUAAGAAGAUUCAUUCUUGAAUAUCAGCAAAAAGCGAAAUCUGCUUACGGCUGGGAUAAUGAAACUAUAUUGAAUAGUAUUAGUCAUUGGCUAACGGACGCUGCAGCGGAGUGGUAUCAACAGUUAAUUCAAAGCAACGAACUUCCAAAAUCAUGGAAUGCAUUCGCCAAGUUGUUAGCACGAUUUUCAUCACCAGAACGAAAAGAAGCCCUUAAAAUUCAACGAAAUCAGUGUAGGCAAGGACCCAAUGAAUCUGUCGCCGAUUUCUAUCAACGAUACAAGGGCUUGGCAUUAGAAAUCGAUCCCAGAAUUUCGGAAUUACAGCUCAGAAAACAUCUAUUUAGAAAGCUCCGUUCUGAAGUGAUUACAUUGAUGGGUGUAGAAGCUGAUGAAUUGUCCAUUCCACGAAUGAUGAAACGUGCGGAAAAGGUGGAAUUGCUUCUACUACACCAAAGGAAGGACGCUCAACAAGAAGGAAUGUUUGAAUCUUCAACAGUCAUCACAUCUGUACGAGAUCCAGGACAACAAGAAAUAAUUACAACAAAAAAGAAAUUCAUUCGUCCAGAUCCUACAACAGUAGCCGUAAUUGAAUCGAUUCAAACAUCAUCACAAAAACUAAUCGACAGCAACACAUCUCAACAAAUCGUCAAAGUUGUUCAGCACGAUGAUGGUGGAAAACGUUCUGCGAUAGAAUCGUUACGAAUCUUUGGUGCUGCCGGCCGUAAUGGAGAGGCAUUAACAAAGAAGAAACAACAAUCUCUAUUAGAUGUAGAUCGUCAAUCGAAUCCUGAUACCAUGUCUGAAGAGGAGGGUGUACAACAAGAUAUCGCUGAAGAUGGUGAUCCACUAUGUAUAACAAGAAAAUUAAUGGGCAUGCAUCUAACGCCUACUGAUUCCAGUGCCAGCUAUAAAAUUACUAGAGGCUGCGCUACAACAAAAGGAAGAAUUAACGAUAUUAAUGGAAUUUUAACGAUUGAUACAGGUGCAGGAGUAACGAUAAUGAAUUAUCAACAUUGGAUAAUCAUCGGUGGCGAUUCAAAAGAUAUUCAUCCGUAUUCUGGGUCAGAUAUCGUUGGUCCAGAAGGAAGUUCUAUACAACCAGCAGGCUGGAUUGAUAUAGAUAUCACAGUUGCUGGUCAAAUAACACGCCAUCCUUGUAUCCUAGCACAAAAAUUCAAUCAACUAAUAUUGUUGGGUACAGAUUUUCUCUACAAAGCAGGAAUUAUAUUAGAUAUUCGCGGUGGAAGAUUAUGGCGAAAAUCAAAGCCAGUCGACAAAUAUCUAUUAAAUACGGAUCUUUAUCAAGCUGGUCAUUUGGAUGUUCCGGUUUAUGCCACAGAGAAACGAAUUCUUCCACCGUAUCAUGAAACAUAUAUAUCCGUCCGUCCACCACUACGGUUUAGCUCGGACUCACGGGAAGCUACCACUAUACCAGCUCCCAGCCGUUUAUCCGUUGCUAACUGUUCAGUCGUUGUUCACAAUAAUUCAACAUCAUUAAAAAUAGCAAAUUUGACACCUAUUCGACAAAUAAUCUACAAGGGACAAAGAGUAGCUAACCUCGAUCCAUGGUAUGAACAAUGGACAACACCUUCAACAGGAAUUCUCAACCCGCAACAGCAUCAACCAGCUAACAAAAUUAAUGAUUAUAUUAAUCAAAGUUGUGCAAAUUCAACAACAAACAUGCAUGCGCAAUAA